AGAGUGUUCGAAAGUUGUAAAUUACGAAAUUAACCCCGCGUUGAUUGUCUUUCACUCUUUCUUCUCUAAUCGAGAGUUUCUGCAAUCCUCGAGCAUAGAGAAGACAACAAAGCGUGAAAAGAAACUCAAUUAGGUAAAGAGAUGGAGGAGAUCUUCGCUCUGAUAGUCUCCAUGAUCCUCAUAGCUGCGGUGAUCCCUUUGUUCUUAUGGAAACGUCGGGUAGAUAGUAGCAGAUCACGUGAGGAAGAUGCAGCACCACCUCCGCAGGUUCAGGCGCGUGAAAACGUGGGACGUGGUACUGGUGGUGGUGGGCGUAGAAUGCGUCGGAGACCUGCAGCUUCUGCUGGUGCUAGCUCCUCCUCAGCUUCCAACGUUCAAGAAAACAUCAGUGGGAGUGAAGAUGAAGAGGAAGAUGAAGCCGGUGGAAAUCAGGCCAGAGCAUCAAAGAAGAAAGAGAAGAAGCGACAAGAACGAGAAGAACAAAGACAGGCUGAAGAAGCUGCACGCGAGUCAAGGAGUACAAAACAAGAUUGGUAUGCAGAAAUGCGGAGGAAGAAGGACGAAGAGCGUGAGGCAGAGGAGCGGAAGUUGGAAGAAGAAGAAAAAGCACGAGAAGCAAAGGAAGAAGAGGCAGCUGCGUUAGAGUUUGACAAAUGGAAAGGCGAAUUCUCAGUUGAUGCUGAAGGUACUACAGAGGAAGUGGAGGGUGGGAAUCAAGAUUUGCUUUCAGAAUUUGUUGAAUACAUUAAGAAACAGAAAUGUGUUCCACUUGAAGAUCUCGCUGCAGAGUUUCAUCUAAGAACUCAGGAAUGCAUCAACAGGAUCGCCUCUUUGGAGAGCAUAGGGCGGCUCUCUGGCGUUAUGGAUGAUAGAGGCAAAUACAUAUACAUAUCAAUGGAAGAGAUGAAUGCGGUUGCGGAUUACAUCAAACGUCAAGGAAGAGUUAGCAUCUCACACCUAGCAAGCAAGUCGAACCAGUUCAUCGACUUGGAGCCCAAAGUACAGCAUGACCUGACUGAAGAAAUCAGCGGCGUGGUGGAAGAGAUCUCAGUUUCUUAGUUCCUUAUUCACAGUUUCUCUCGUUCCUUUGUCGAAAACAAGAGUAAGAAAAUGUCUUAGUGACUCGUUGCAACUUACUGGUGUCUGGUCAUAUAGAGAACCACCUUGUUCUGAGCUUACUUAGUUUGAGAUACAUACUCCAGUUUAGACUCAA